AUGCGGACGCUCACAAGGCAAAUUUCUGCCUCGCCCACCACUUUUCCUGCCGAUGGGUUCAGGUUGCAUGGGCCUCCUUGCCUGUCCGGAUUUGUUUCUGCCUGGCUUCAAAGGUUGAACCAGUUUGCAUUAAAAGAAGAUAACCGUACUUAUCCGGCAAAUUGUUUUCUGUUGGAAAGAUCGUCAGCGCCAAUAUGGGCUUCGACAGCUAGCGGAAUAUUACAUCAAUUAGCGGCCUCUUUGGCUUGGGUUAACUCUUGCGAUAAGUUAUACCAGAGAAGCGUCACUGUAAUCAAGGUUACGUUCCCGUUCUGA